AUGGCGGAGGAAGAGGAAAGGUGGGGAGAAGAGAGAGUGGAGGAGGUGAGGCAGGCACUGCUGUACGCUACGUUGGAGCUGGAGUCGACCCGGCAAGCCGCCCAGGGGCAGAUCCAGCGCAUGGAGUGCGACUUGGCCCGCCUCCGCGACCUCCUCGGCACCGCCACGAGAGAACGGGACGAGGCCCGGGAGCAGGCCCGCCACGCCCUCCUCCUCCGGCACAGCGGCGGCACAGCGGCGAACGAGAGUCCUCCGGCCAACGCCCAUCAAUACGCCGCCACCGCCCGAUUCCUCCAGCCGGAGUUCAGCCAUGCAGGCGCGGGGUUUGGGUUGUCGCCGUCGUCGUCCUCGCUGUCCUCCGAUGACAGCAGCUUGGCCGUCUCCUCCACUCCACCGAGGCCGUCGGCGGGAGAAGUAGAGCUAUUCGAACUGGUUCCGGCGGGAAGACUGCCGGAGAAGGGGCGGUUGUUGGAGGCGGUGAUGAAGGCGGGACCGCUCCUCCACAACGUGAUGCUGGCGGGUCCGCUGCCCAAAUGGCAGCACCCCCCGCCGCCUCUUGGGAGCUUGGGAAUUCCCCCCUUCUCCGUGACAACGAACGGCGCCGACGCCAUGGCUACGGCGGGGGAGGAUUUGAAGUCACAACUAGGGCAACCACAGGGGCCCUGCAACGGGAGGAAGAGAGACCUUGAAGGAGAGGAGGGCAUGGUGAUGAAGGCGUUGUCGGAGGCUAGAGGACAGUCUCCACCUUCUUCCUCUUUCUCUCCGAGGAACGGCAGCCGCGGCAAGCACCGGAAGACUGGCCCUUUCCUCUUCCAUUGA